AUGGGAAAUCCAGGGAAGACCGCCCCCAGAUUGAUCUUGGACCUUUUGAACUACGACCCCCGACGGAGAGAAAAGAGCGGUAGAAAUGUACUGGCGGAUGUAGAACCACGCUUCAAAAAGGGAUUCCUGUCUCCCACCGCACUCCCCAACGAUUGCCAACAUUCUCUCGCGAGGAAAGAUGCCCGAACGCGCGCCCCAGCAGCACACGAGCUGCCACACAAUGAGGCCGAGCAAACUGACAAGGGAAAUCCUCUACACCAUUUUCGAUUGAUACAAUCGCCGACAAUCGAGAAGGACAAAGUAUCGAACAAGUACGAGCCGCGGAAAGAGACUUAUACCUUUUUAUGUUCGGGUCAGAAAUGCCCAGCUCUGCUCGAUAUCGGAAUAUCUGGACCAAGACUUCCGAAGUCCCUACUUGGCCUGAUCAAUGACAAGAAGAUUCUUGGUGCUCGUGGGCGAAGAGAAUUGGAUAAAGAUCCCAUCAGAUACGAAGGCCAGCAGCCGUCGACACCGGCGAAUGCCUACUGGUAUCUUCGGUCAUACCUUAGCGACGCGAAAGGGGCCACGGACCCGGCCCAACUGAAGAAAAUCGCAAAGCGGAACAAGAAAUAUAAAGUCACAUUUGACGAUGAAUGCGAUGAGCUUUUCGAGCAUCUCGGUUUCGUUUCCGUCAAAGAGCUGUCCCAAAAUCCCGAUGAGGGCAUGAAUGGUUUCUGGCAGCUUCCUAUCAUCACGGAUGAUAAUCGAUAUUUCAUUGACGAUGUCAUCUUUGAACUCGACACAAUCCUUGGGCAGCUACCGCAGGCUGAUCAGAUGGCAGUGGCCAUGAAUUUCAUCGCUAGGCCUGUACCCGCGACGAAGGAUAUCGAACGAAGUCUCGGCUGUGCUGACUAUCCAACCAAGUUCAGGGAGAUUGAUUUGUCAACGGAAGAACACCCUUGGUUUCGCAAUCUCGGGGCGGUUGACAACUUCACUGAUGAACUUAUAAUUUGGGCUUAUGAUCGGCAGUGCGAGUGCGAUCCGCGUAAUAAGCCAUAUUACCUUGAUUGCCUCGAAGGUAUCGCCCAAGGCCGGCAGAGCUCAGACUUGGAACUCAAAUUUACCAUGGCAGUUUCCGUUGGCGAGUAUGGACUGGCGAAACUGGAAGAUGCAUACAAAUAUUUUGGGCUGACACCCGGUACAAAAGAGGGAGAUGACCAUGUUAUGGGCCUCUACAAGUCUCGCAUAGCUGCGGCGCCCAAACAGAAGAAUGACGCUAUGGCCGCGCUUCUCAUCAUUGCUAAACAUAGAAACAGCGAAAAAAUCGAAGCCCUUGCUACAGACAACACCAUGACUUACGAGGAGGCUCUCGAGCUCCUUGGUGUCACUGAUGACUCUCCUUCUGAUUCCAUUGAGGCAGCUUCUGUGGUAUUGGCACUCGAUAUGGACAAAGCUAGAGUGGCUGAGGCCCUUCGAGCCAUUGCCCAACGACGUGGCAAUGACUUUGGUCUCCGGAAAGCCGCAUCGGCGAUGGGAUCUGGCCUCGGUAUCGACGAAGCGUACAACCGACUACAAAUCGGACCUGCAUCACGGAAUGCGCCUGAUGAAACUAUCUUCACUUAUUACCAGAGCUUGUCUGGUGGAGCCCCUUCCGGAUCCAGGGAUAGCUAUUCUCAAGCUCUGGAAACCAUCGCCUUGGACAGAGGGAGUAAUUUUCUGCUGGCAAAGCUUAGCGAUCCUAAUGCAGAGGUACCGACGAGUGCUGCAGAGCCUGUCGGACUCGGAAACAUUGGAAAUACCUGCUACCUCAACAGCUUACUCCAGUAUCUGUACACUAUCAAGCCAAUCAGAGACAUGGUUGCUGACUUCCAAGACUACCGAAUGGAUAUCACACCUGAGAGUCUGAAGGUCAAGCGCGUUGGAGGUCGUCUGGUUGAUAAGGACGAGAUUGUGAGGGCACAGCGUUUCGUUGACGAACUCCGGAACCUCUUUGAAAGCCUCAAAACGGCACCCGGGCGUUUUGUCACGCCGAACAAGGAGCUGGCAGAAUUGACGUUGGUGAGCCAGGAGAAGAAGGAAGAGUUCCUGUUGCAACGGCGGAAAUCUAUGAGCAGUCCUGCAGUCCCUCCAAAUAUAGCAUCGGUUGUGGAGGGUCCCGUCUUUGGUCCGCAAUUGCCCCCGCCAACCACAACGCAAUUAUCCUCAAAGACUGUGGACGAAGAUCUUGAGAUGAUAGACUGGUCUGUUGACACUGUGGAGACCCGUGAUGAUAGCAGCGAGGUCACUCUCGUCGACCCGGAAACAUGUGCCGCCAAACGCGAAAAUGAUGUCAAUUAUGAGAACAAGUCUGCUUUCCAUGGUGUUGAAGGUUCCAAGCCGGAUGUUGUUAUGGUCAACGGCAGCGACGAACCCUCUUCCAUUCCCGCGCCAGAAAAGCCGCCUCCAAUCCCGCCUCGCAACAAGCCUGAUCUUUCGAUUUCGACGGACGGGCACAAGAACAUUAUUGAUGGUGAGACGGCCGACCUUUUGAGCUUCGGCGCUCAGCAGGAUGUGACCGAAGUUAUGGGGAAUGUUAUUAAUCGGCUACAAUGCGCCAUAAAGCCGACUGGCUUCGAAGAAGAUAUGGAGCAAAUCGACAUUAUCAGAGACACGUUCUUCGGUACAAAUACAAGGUACAUUCAGAGGAGCGAUGGGGAACCUCCAAGGGUUGAAGCCUGGCCCUACAUCAUUGCCUACCCCGGCAGACAUGAUGAUAUUCGGGACCUCUAUGAGUCUAUUGACGUCUUAUAUGACGAGCAGCUUGUUGACGUCGCGGGCUCGAAGACACCCUCGUAUAUCUCAAUCAGCAAACUCCCCCCCAUUCUUCAAUUUCAGGUUCAGCGUUCCGAUUUCGAUGACAUUCUCAAGACCUCUUGCAAGAACCAUAUCCACAUGCCUUUCCCAGAGACGAUGUACAUGGACCGUUACGUUGACACUGCGGAUCAAGACUCGGAAAUCAUGCGUCGCCGCCGCGAAACAUGGAAAUGGAAAGCCCAACUGCGAGACCUUGAAGCCAGACACGAUGCACUCAAGAACACGAGAGGGGACAUCAAUAUCCCAGAUGCACUCCUUGCAACUAGAAACUUCAUCACCAGCCUCCAGGAAGAGGACAUCGAUGGCAUCGAUAUCUCACCAGAACUGUCCAUGGCUCUUGAAGAUCGCAUCUCCGAAGUAGCUGCCGAGCUCGAGGAUAUCAGCAGACAAAUGGACGAUCUCAAAACCAAGCUGAAAAAUCAGUUUACAGACCUGCGCGAGUAUGAGUACAAGAUUCACGCCGUGUUUAUCCAUCGCGGCGAGGCGCGUGGCGGCCACUACUGGGUCUACAUCUACGACUCGGAGCACGAUAUCUGGCGUGAGUACAACGAUGAGCAUGUCACAGAAGUCAAGGACCGCCGGCGGAUCUUCGAGAAGGCCGGUGGUGCCGAUGGCACCCCGUAUUACAUGAUCUAUGUGCGGAAUCACCAGCUGAAGAAAAUGGUUGAUGUGGUGUGUCGGGACGUACCCGUACCUGAGCUACCCGCCGAGAAGCCAGGUGCGGAGAUGUACGUGCGCAUGGACGUCGAUGUGAUGACGACGUAUGAGGAUGCUGAGGAGGAGGACAGCAAUGUGAGGCAUGUGGAGUAUGCGAAGCCGAGGCCGAUCCGGCCGAAGUUGAGUGAUGUUCCGCAGAGUUUGGAGGGGUGGCAGAGGGAUCUGCAGGACGAUGCAUCGCCUCCGUCUUACAAGGAGGGUUUUGACGCUAACGGAAAACCUUGGUGA